AUGGUCGUCGACCCUCCAUCCCCUAUUGCGAGACAUGAGAAGUGGAAAAAGGCUUGGACAAACAAAUUUGGACAAAUGACAUCUGCAGCAGCUCAAGAAAUCGCAGACAAAAUUGAUGAAUUACAAGAACAAGCUAAACAGGGAGCUUUUGUCCCACAUGGUCGUCAAGACAUCCUAAACACUGCCAUUGGUCGUCCAGAGCAUCCUGGACGUGUUCGUGUCGAUGGACAUGGUGUGACCAUAACCAGCUACUUUGGACAUGCUUCCUGUGGGUCCCACAGUUCAUCGCCUGUGAUCACCGCCGAAAGAUUGGUUGAAAUCAUACAAACUAUAAAGCAAGAGGUGAAGAAAGAGGUAGAAGACGAGAACAAAGACCGUAUGGACAAGAUGAAAAUGGAGUUGGAUGCGAUCAAGAGUGAAUUAUCCCAAAUUCAUACGCAACAGUCAGCUCCCCCAAGACCGUCUAACCCUGACGUAUUUGUUGCACGUGUUAGCACGAAAGAGAGUUGUGCUGAAGUUGCCAAUAAUGUUCUGGUGGCAGGGGGAAAGGUCUUUGGAGUAGGUGGCACGAUACACACUGUUGCUUAUGGAGAUGAUGUAGUAAGGGUGUGUGUUGACACUGUAUACGAUGCUGAAGCCAUUGUCCCGUUACCCACUUCAGAGAUUCAGUAUGUCAGGGACGCCAUGAACUCAUUCAUUGGAUGGCCCAUACAUCUAGUGAAACCUUUAUCUUAUGAUUCUGACCUUAAUGUGGGGAAGCCAGUUGAACAUAGUAGUGAUGCAAAGCUUGCAGGUGAAUCCGAUCCAUUGGGAGAGUUGAUGAAGAUAUUGUUUUAUGUGUACCAGAAUCCAGUGGAAGUGCCGUGGGAGGCGAACCAAUUGGGACUUCCUGAUAUUGGGGCAAAAUUUUUCAUCACACAUGCAGAUCUAGCGGAAAUAAUAUCAGGUGACAAGUGUUUAAACAUAGCGAUACUACAAUUGUGGACCAUAUUUAUGAAUGAGUGCGGUAGAAGCAAAGCUGAUCAGUCACUAUAUGGUUUGCUAGAGCCUCAAUCUAUACAAAAUGCUAAGGAAAGACGUCAACAAUGCCAACAAUACAUUGAAACAUGGGUCAAGGAAUCACAAAGGCAGUUGUAUUUAGGAGCUUACUUGCAUCAGGCACAUUGGCAACUAUUUGUUCUCCACCCAAGGGAAAACACGGUCGUUUGGUUUUGUUCUCUGAGGAAGAAGCCUGAUAUUAACAUCAAAGGUGCAAUUAACAGUGCAAUGAAGACAAUAACCAGUUCUUUUGAAGGCAUGUCUAAUCAAGGUGCACCUCGAGUAAUGUGCAAACUUGAGGGUUUGAGUGCGGAUAUUAUGUCAUGCACUGGAUGUGGUGCAUCGUGACUGCCGAUUUGAAGGAUGACUGGCACAAGUGGUUUUCUGAUGGCUCAUCAUUAGACGUGGAGGCCAUCACAACAGUUCGACAGAAAUGGGCAACUUACUUUUUAUCUUUUAGGAAAAGCAGUUGCUAAAUUUGAUUUGUAUUAUGUACAAGUACAUUUUUCCUGUGGUUUCAUCAAAGAAUUAGAACAAUUAUGGUUGCAACUUUGUAUGUUGGAUACAUUAGAGGAUCAUUAAUUCAAAAAAGGGUAUUCAAUUUGCAUGGACUUA